CAUAGUGCUUUUACUAAACUUGGGAUCGCAAGCGUCCUGCACAGGGCGGCAAGAUGAAUAGCCUUCGACAGCAAAGGUUGCCGGUCUCUACGCCUCCGCGAUGCGCUGUGCCUACAGUAGGGUUCCGCUUACAAAAUAAACCCCACUUUACGCACCAUGCUGGAGGGCUGAUAAGCCACGGAGAAAAUGGCUUCCCGCUCGAAAAGUCGUGGAAAGCCACGAGACAUCCACAGGCUACUUGCUGUAAAGCUGCUGCUGCAGCAGCAGCCUCAGCUACAAUGGCAGCGUUGCCGACUGCAACCUUGACCGCAACGGCAUCCCUGCCAGAGGUGGUCAUCGCGACCGUCGUGGCGGCAACAGCUUACGCAGCGCUGUGCUUUAUUGCGAUGGUUCUCUUCCCUCGCAAAUCAGCGAGCAUUUUUGCUUCCGUGUGGCCUUUCGUGCCGCUUGCGCUCGGUUACUUUGUGUUGCUGGUUCUCGCCUGGUCGCCCGACACCCUCAGCAUCAUGAUGCCUGGAAGCCUGAAGGAGGGCCUCUCAGGCGGCUUCAAACCGCAGUUCUUCCCACGACUGGAGGGCAUAUCCACGCUGUUCUCGCGGCCCAGGGUAACGGCUUCCUGGGUGCUGCACGUGCUCACUAUCAACCUGUUCGCCGGCAGGUGGUGCCUGCUGCAAGGUUUGCGUGAGCGCCUCCCCACCGGCCACAGUGUGCUGCUGUGCGGCCUGCUGGGCCCCAUGGGGCUGAUCAGCCACUACGUCACAAAGGCCCUGUUCUCGCUGGUCCCCGCCCUCAAGAGCGAGCCACAGGUGGUCACCCUGAAGAGU